AUGGCCAAAUCAACAGUCUUCGUGCUCGUACCAGGGGCCUUCAAUCUCCCCUCCGUCUUCGAUGCCCUCGCCGACAGCCUCCGCUCACACAACCAUGAGAUCGAGAUCGCCCACCUACCAUCUCUGGGCCGCAAAGAAGACAAGCCCGCCGGCGCCCUCGACGACGCCGAGCACGUCCGCAGCGUCGUUACCCAGCACACCAAGUCCGGCAGCAAUGUCGUCCUUGCCGGCAGCAGCUACGGCGGCUUCGUCAUCACCGAAGCAGCCAAAGGCCUUAUCGACUCCUCCGCCACCGCUGAUAAUACGGGCAAGCUGAUCCAUCUAGUCUACUUCGCCAGCCUCCCCUUCGAACUCAACACCACCGUCUCCCAAAUGGUCGAGGGCAAGCAGCCCAUGCCCACGACCAUCCCUGGAAACUACCUCGAUCCCAUGCCCGCCGAGAUCGCCGGACCCGUGCUGUGCUCUCAGGCAACUCUCGAGGAGCAGGGCUGGAAGCACGUUCCGAGCACGUUUGUGAUUGGGGAGAAGGAUCUGGCGGUCGACGCGGCGUGGCAGCACGAGAAGGUGGACGAGGCUAUCAAAGGUGGGUUUGAGGUGAAGAAGGUGGUGCUGGAGAAUGGGGACCAUUUCAUGUGGGUUAGUCAGAAGGACGCGGUUGUGGAUGUGUUGCUUGAGGCUGCGAAGGGCACAUGA